AAGUGGAACGGAAGCCGGUAGCAGAUAUUUACCAAAACUACCCCUCGCGAAUCUUUCCCAUAUCCCCUUGCUUCCUUCCUCUUCCCAAACUACAUCUCACGUAAAAUUACCAAAAUGCCAUUGCUUUGAGAGCUCCCGUGACUCUUAAAAUAUUACAAAAAACCCCUGCAAUUUCCUUGUUUAUUAUCUAAGGUUCUCAGAUUCCAUUCCCCCAAAUUUACCAAAAUGCCACUCACCUGACAAUCCGAAAUUGAUAAGUAGCGCACGACCCUACUCCCUCUCCACAGCGUUCUGUUUUCUUAUAGCUCUCCAUUUCCAAGAUUCCUUAAAAUUACCAAAAUGCCAUCCUUCUUCUAAUUACCAAACUGCCACUCAUUAGAGCUCCUGCAAAACCCUGCAGAAAUUCUUUAAUUUGUUUGUUUUUUUCUGUUUCAGGAGCUUUAAAUUCCCUUAAAUUACCAAAAUGCCAUUCGUCUAACCUUUUUAAAACCCUCUCAUUCUUCUGUUUUUUUAUUCUUAGGAUUUGAUAGAUGGAGAAGAUUAUCAGAACCUUCUCUCUUGUGAUUUUUCUAGGGUUUAUUACUGUAGUGGCGGUUGAUGGGAUAAAUCUCUGGCCAAUGCCAAAGUCGGUGAGCUAUGGAUCGUUGUCGUUGUAUCUGAGCAAGGAAUUCGAGCUUCGAACUGAUUAUAAAGAUGCUUCCGGGAUAUUGAAGGAAGGAUUCUCGAGGUUUCUUGAUGUUAUCGAAUCGGCGCAUGUUGUUGAUGGGACAGUGACUGGUCAGGCAGCUGCUCUUGAAGGAUUGCAUGUGGUCGUUUCAUCGUCAGAUGAUGGGUUACAGUUUGGUAUUGAUGAGUCCUACAAGUUAUCUAUACCUGCAACCGGAAGUCCUAUAUAUGCUCAUCUUGAGGCACAGACAGUAUACGGGGCUCUUCAUGGAUUGCAGACUUUUAGCCAACUGUGCCAUUUCAACUUCACAACCAGGAUAAUCGAAGUUCACCGGGCACCAUGGGUCAUCAUAGAUCGGCCAAGGUUCUCUUAUCGUGGGCUUUUAAUUGAUACUUCUCGACAUUAUCAGCCUUUGCCGAUGAUAAAGAAUGUCAUUGAUGCUAUGGCCUAUACAAAGUUGAAUGUUCUACAUUGGCAUAUCGUAGAUACAGAGUCUUUUCCAUUGGAGAUACCCUCAUAUCCAAAACUGUGGAAUGGUGCUUAUUCUGUUUCAGAACGCUAUACAACUGCAGAUGCAAUUGAAAUUGUACAGUAUGCACAGAAACGAGGGAUUAAUGUACUGGCCGAGAUUGAUGUACCAGGGCAUGCUCUCUCAUGGGGUAUUGGCUAUCCUUCUCUGUGGCCAUCCUUGGAUUGUCAGCAGCCACUUGAUGUCAGUAAUGAGUUUACGUUCAAAGUAAUAGAUGGAAUUCUUUCAGAUUUCAGCAAGGUAUUCAAGUUCAGAUUUGUCCACUUGGGAGGUGAUGAGGUUGACACAAGUUGCUGGACGGUAACUCCUCAUGUAAAGAAAUGGUUAACUAAACAAGGACUGAAUGGAUCUCAAGCUUAUGAAUACUUUGUCUUGAGAACACAGAAAAUAGCAUUGUCCCAUGGGUAUGAAAUUGUCAACUGGGAGGAAACAUUCAACAACUUCGGCAGCAAAUUAAGCCCAAAAACAGUGGUGCAUAACUGGCUCGGUGGAGGUGUUGCUCAGAAAGUGGUUGCUGCAGGGUUAAGGUGCAUUGUCAGCAACCAGGACAAGUGGUAUUUGGACCACUUGGAUACCUCAUGGCAGCAAUUUUACAUGAACGAGCCACUCACAAACAUCACAAACCCGAAACAGCAGAAACUAGUCAUUGGGGGUGAGGUAUGCAUGUGGGGCGAGCACAUUGAUGGAUCAGAUAUUGAGCAAACCAUUUGGCCACGUGCUGCAGCAGCUGCAGAACGUUUGUGGACGCCUUUUGAGAAGCUGGCUAAGGAUCCAAAGAAGGUUACAGGAAGGUUGGCUCACUUCAGGUGUCUGCUGAAUCAAAGAGGAGUUGCUGCUGCCCCAUUGGCCGGACCUGGUCGAGUUGCCCCUGACGAACCAGGCUCUUGCUAUAGGCAGUAGUCUGCUCCAAUCCACUGGCCAGAAAGUUGCCAAGUUUGUGUAACAUUCUACAGGUUGUGAUGCGCGAGAUUCUUACCUCCGGAUUCGACCAAUCUCGGAAGAAAGGAUUGCCUCAUUGGUGUCUGAAAUUCAGGUAGGAUUUUUAUUUUUAUUUUUAUUUUUUGAAAUAAAGCAUUUUACCCCCUCAGCAUAAAUUGGGCAGUGUCAUGGGUUAAUUUGCCUUGUAUUAUGUGAACCAGUUUUUCUUGAUCAAUGCACUCAUUGCUUAGCUGCA